GCUGUGUUUGCGGAGUAUUGUUCGUCCGCAGAGUCUCUUUUAUCUUCCGAGUGUAAUUAUUGCAAUCAUCAUCACUACACAAGUAGAAAAUCAAGAUCGCAUUGUGCUGAAACUCUACCCCCGUUGUCGCGGAUCUGGAUAUUUCCUUUUCGUCCCGCAAACAACCAUCAUUCCACAGUGUACACAACACAGCCGCGGCAGUGUGUUCUUUCUGUAUAUGUUUUAACAAUAUUUGCGGGCGAGACCAAGAAAUAUUCUCAAUAAGCAAAGUUGCGGCUGUUUCGGUGACGUGUUUGCAAAAAUCUAAACUGGCCAGGUGAAAAAAAUCAAGAAGCAAUAAAAACGCAUCCAGUUUUUCGCGUGUUGGAAAGUUGAUGUCUUUUCUCGGAGUUUCCAGCAGCAAAAAGUGAUCCAAAAAGCAGCCAAUUACACUGCUAGUGGUGUGCCCCGUGUAUCCACCUUUAUUGUAACCGGCGCCGUGGCUCCAUGGUUUUCCGGGUUCACAGCGACGAGGGAGCAAAACGACGGUGCCGAAUUGGUAAAAGUGAAUAAAACGACCAGCUUGGACAGCAACCGCACAGCACUGGAAGUAGAAUGGAGGUGAGCAACCACACCGCUUCGACGUUGAGUCGGAGCAACAGCCGGACAAGUUCCAACUCGGAGCUGGAGAAGGAACUGAUCGAUCUGGAAAUCAGCGGUACACACAACAAGUCCAGCACACUUAAAAAACGGAUCUCAAGCAGUCGGACGCCGGCUAAAAAGGCCAAACGGGUACGGUUUUUUCGGAACGGCGACAGAUUCUACUGCGGCAGCACCAUACCGGUGUCGGGGGAGAGAUAUAGGUCAUUCGAUAGCUUAACAGAGGACCUAACGAGACUGUUAGAAGAUAGUGUAACACUAACAGGUGCCAUCCGGACGAUAUAUACGCUGGAUGGUAAGAAAGUCGAAAAGCUUGAAGACCUCGAAGAUGGUAAAAGCUAUGUAUGUUCCUGUAAUAAUGAAGGUUUCAAGAAAAUAGAAUACAACACAACCAACACAGCUAAUAAAAAUACAAAUAGACUGUCUAGACUAAUACGUCCAAUAUCGCCAAUCAAAAAUGGCUCCAAUGGUACAACGCCUCUUAAAGAAAUCAGCUCCGUAGUCCAUCCCAGGAUUGUAACCCUAAUAAGAAACGGUGUGAAGCCCCGCAAGAUUCUCCGGUUGCUGCUGAACAAGCGUAACAGUCCCACGUACGAGCAUGUGCUGACGGCAAUCACGCAAUGCGUCAAACUGGACACCGGUUGCGUGCGGAAAGUGUUCACCGUGUCGGGGUCGCCGGUUCUGAAGCUGGCGGAUUUCUUCGGCGAGGAGGAUGUGUUUUUUGCCUACGGUAACGAACGCGUCGGGAACGAUGAUUUCGAACUGGAACCGGACGAGCGAAAGACCAUUCAGGCCAACAAAAAGACACUGCGAAGCAACACUACCCGUACGGGACCGAAGCCCAAGAUGCCCAUAAAGAGCCACAACGAUACGUUCGUGUGCGUGGAUGAAACCGUGCUGAAUGGGGUGAUUUCGCCAGAUUCUCUGCCACUCGAGUUGCAGAGCAAGUACACUUUGGGAUCAAUUAUUGGUGAUGGCAACUUUGCGGUAGUGUUGAAACUAAAGGACAAAUCAACGAACGCGGAUUACGCGCUCAAAAUCAUCGACAAAUCGAAAUGUUCCGGGAAGGGUCACUACCUGGCGGCGGAGAUUCGCGUCAUGAAGAAACUGAACCACCCGUGCAUCAUACAGCUGAUACAGGACAUUGAAACGAUGAACAACAUGUAUCUGGUGCUGGAGUUGGUCCGGGGUGGCGAUCUGUUUGACGCUAUAACGAGGGUAACAAGGUUUUCCGAAAAUCAAUCCAAAAUCAUGAUGCGACAUUUGGCCUCGGCAAUGUCCUAUAUGCAUGCGCUCAGUAUCGUGCAUCGUGACAUCAAGCCAGAAAACCUGCUGGUUGAGUUGGACCGAGAUGGUAAUGUUAUGUUGCUGAAGCUGGGUGAUUUUGGACUGGCCUGUGAAGUUACCGAACCAUUGUUAUCGGUAUGCGGGACACCUACCUAUGUGGCACCCGAAAUCCUCAUGGAAACCGGUUACGGUGUGAAGAUUGAUGUAUGGGCAGCCGGUAUUAUCCUGUACAUUUUACUCUGCGGCUUUCCGCCGUUUGUUUCGCCUGACAAUCAGCAAGAGCAGCUGUUCGAUGCUAUUUUGAACGGUUUCUUCGACUUCCCUGCGCCAUACUGGAACAAUAUCGGCGACAGUGUACGAGAUCUGAUAAUCAAUAUGCUACAGUCCGAUCCGGAACUGCGGUUCUCCAGUGAGGACAUCCUGGAUCAUCCCUGGCUCACGAGCGACGUGGUGGGAGACACACAGGAUCCCAAAGGGUACCGCAUCAUCUCCAAUUUAGUAUAUUAGAACCAAUCAAUAUUCACUCCUUCACUUCCGCCUAUCCGCGUGUAUGCUUCGGAGUAAGCAAGCAAGCAAAAUUCCUGACGCACCUAGAUUUUAGUCUGUUAGGGUUCUAUUUAUCACCGGUAGAUUGUUUACUUCCAAUAACAACACAUCCAAAUUUUAUGUUAUUAAGUUAGAUAUCAAAAUUUCUGUGAUGAUUUAUUUUGCAUUACUUGCACAGAAACCGAGAAUGCUUUUCAACUUUUAAUUAUUUUUACACUUUAUUUAUCAGUUCUCGCUAGUUGCUUUGAAUAAGGGGGUGGCACCUUAGCACAAGUCGGAAAUUAAAUAAAAAAAACUUCAAUGUACAUAGCAUGGCCAAAUAGUCGUUUAUUACUGAUAGGUACAAUGAUUAUCGUAUUUUCUCGUUUCCAUUCUCUAUUCCAUUAUCAGUUCCGAAUGAGCUAGGGGCAGGACGAUGGCGACAGUGCUUACGGAUGAUACUCGUUAGGUAAAACCGCUAAUCAAGUUUGAAAAAAACGCCAAAAAGUGAGUAAAUAUUUUUGACCACUUUGUUUAAAGUUCGUGAGUGAGAGUGUUCGCAAAGUAAAGAUAAAAGACCGAAUGCGCGGCCACUUGGCUUAUCAAGAAGUGCCGUUGCGUUGGCUGGUUCCGUUACCCACAUCAAGUAUGCAAAAAGUAUCGAAUCCUGUAAAUAGCAGCAUUUUAAGAUAUUUAUGAGCAAAUACUACUAUACUAUAACUACUACAACUACAACACUGCUACUAUUAAGUAUCAUCAUAAUUGUAACAAUUGUAACGCGAAGAAGAAGCGAAGAAACGAAAUAUCAUCACACGAGAACUUUAUACAUAUUUGUUCGUUGUACACUAUUAUUGCUGUUAGCAAUUGCAGAUUUUUAUUCAUUUGAAUAUAAUUUAAGACAACUUAUUUGUUAGUUUUAAUUGAUGUUAGCUCAAUUUUUCCGUCUUCUAAGUAGCGAAAGAGUUUAGAGCGGAAUCGCAGUCAUGGAAAGAGGUAAAUAAAGCAAAACUGAUAGGUAGACAGUCAAAUAUAGUAGGUAUAUUUGUUUCGUAUAUUUUACGCGGUAUUGUUUCUAAUUUAUUCUUCAUUUCCUCUUUUUAUGAGUAGCAUUGAUAUUUUCGUUUUUCGUUUGUAAGAGUCAUUAUUAUUUCUGUGGUGACGAGCACGCGUUGGUAGUGUUUAAAAUUUUUGUUUAAGUUUGCAAGACCACAGCAUGGAAAGGAUUCAAUACAAUCAGUGUCGAAUAACUUUAUAGAAUUACACCAUUUAUUAGUCUAGCUAGAAAUGACGAAAGCGCCUAGUUUCAUAAAAAAAGAGGAGACGAAUAGUUUUGUUUUGGCUUUAAAAAAAAGAACAUAAAAUAUACUAUGACAGUGUACGCUACAGCUGUUUCAGCAUCA